AACAACUGUAAAUAACAGAAAAGCGCAUCUGAGAACAACAAAAGGGACAAUCUCUUUCUAAUCUGUUGUUGUCGUCGUUGCUGGGUCACAGAUCUCCUCGUUGUUUUUAUUGUUCUUUUUCUCCAAAUUCAACACAAAUCUUUGUGAUUCUCAAGAAAGUCAUGCGAGAAACCUAGACGAGGAGACCCAGAAAGGGAAGGAGACAGAUGUACUAUUAGGGCAUACAUUGCUCGUAGCUCCUCCUCUCGCUCUCAACAUUUGUUUGUUGCGUUGAUUCGUCUCAGAAAGAAAAGAGAUCUUCACAAUUGCGACGUGUGUGCCAAGGAACUAGGUUUAUUUCGAUAUUACGUGAGAUGAACGCAACAUCAAGUCCAUAGGAGAAAUCAUCAAAAAACCAACACUUAUAAACGGAUGAAGCAACAAGCCCUAAGGGUUUUAUUUAUUAUAUGGGGCGAGCAUUGGAAUCAUCUGUUGCUCUCUUUCCACUUAGCUCCUGUUGCAAAUCAAAGUAUCUACUAAACUUGGAAUGGCUUGUUCCCAGAGAAGCCUUCCCACAGAUAGGGAGAAUGAGCAGGCGAUAGCGAUUCUGAAGAAAGGAGCGUAUCUUUUGAAAUACGGCAGGCGUGGAAAACCUAAAUUCUACCCUUUUCGGCUUUCAAGUGAUGAAAUCUUUUUGUUAUGGUACUGUGGGAAAACAGAGAAACGUCUUAAACUAAGUUCUGUGACAAGGAUCAUACCUGGACAGCGUACUUCAGUUUUCCGACGAUACCCUCAGCCCACCAAGGAAUAUCAAUCUUUUUCUCUUAUUUAUGGCGACCGUUCUCUUGAUUUGGUAUGCAAGGACAAGGACGAAGCUGAGUUCUGGAUCACAACCCUUCGAGCUCUUCUCUCACGAAACUGCUCUUCUUCAUUAGUACUUCACUCAAGAAGCCGUAGCUUUGUUCCUGACUAUGGAGGAGAACAAAGUAGCUCCAAUAUCAGAUCAGUCAGCAGUGAUACAAGCUGCGAGGAACAUGCAAAAAAGGCUUCAGGAUCUCACAUUAACACUCCACAGAGACUAGGGAAAGUUUUCUCAGAGGUGUUGUCACAAACAGCAGUACUAAGAGCACUCUCUUUGGACGAAAUGGUCCAUAAACCUCAUAACACAUCUCCCGAAACUGUAGAGAAUCGACCUACUAAUAAUCAUUCCCCUGCUGUUGAUACAAGUAAAUAUACAGUUUCCAGUGCACUGAGCUCAUCUAGUCAAGGAUCUACUUUUGAGGACUUGAAGUCUCUCUGUGAUGUCUUUGUCUGGGGAGAAAGUAUUGGAGAUGGCUUAUUAUUAGGAUGUGGUGGUGGUGCUAUGCACAAAAGUGAAAGCAGCUCUUCCCUGACGGCUGAAACCUUUUUGCCCAAAGUUCUGAAAUCACACGUGGCACUUGACGCACAGGGCAUUUCAUGUGGCACCAAUUACGCAGUGUUGGUCACAAAGCAGGGACAGAUGUACAGCUGGGGAGAAGAAUCUGGAGGCAGGCUAGGACAUGGAGUUUGCUCCUACGUUCCGCAGCCCAAACUCAUCGAUGAGUUUGACGGAUCAUCAGUGGAGUUAGCUGACUGUGGGGAGUUUCACACCUGUGCGGUAACAUCCUCAGGGGACUUAUAUACUUGGGGAGAUGGAGCUCACAACGCUGGGCUCCUUGGACUUGGUAGUGAAGCUAGCCAUUGGAAACCAGUACGAAUCCUCGGCCAGAUGGAGGGUAUAAAUGUCAAAACCAUCUCUUGCGGACCUUGGCAUACAGCUUUUGUGACGUCAGAAGGUAAGCUGUUCACAUAUGGUGAUGGUACAUUUGGUGCGCUUGGGCAUGGAGAUCGUGUAAGCACUAGCGUACCGAGAGAAGCAGAGGCGCUAAGUGGCUGCAGAACAAUGAAGAUAGCUUGUGGCGUUUGGCAUUCAGCUGCUGUUGUCAGUGUUUUCGGAGAGGCAGCGUCGUGGGGAAAGCUCUUUACUUGGGGUGAUGGAGAGGAUGGGAAACUCGGACAUGGGGACAAAGAGUCUAGACUAAUCCCAUCUUGUGUAGCUGAGCUGGAUGCAACUAGCUUUCAGCAAGUAGCUUGUGGCCAGAGCGUUACUGUUGCUCUCUCUGCUUCUGGACAAGUUUAUGCAAUGGGGGUUCUUGAUCCGGGUCACGAAAACGUUGUGAAAGCUCCUUCAUGCAUUGAAGGAGGUCUAGGAAAGAGCUGCGUCCAAGAAGUGGCUUGCGGGUUUCACCAUAUCGCGGUUUUGAACUCGAAAGCUGAGGUUUACACUUGGGGCAGAGGAUCGAACGGGCAGCUCGGCCACGGAGAUACUGAGAACAGACGUUUGCCGACACUUGUGAGAGCUUUGAAAGGCAAACAAGUGAGGAAAGUGGUGUGUGGCUCUAACUACACAGCCACCAUUUGUCUUCACAAACCGAUCACCGGUACGGAUAGUUCAAGGUGUUCUGGUUGUCGCCAUCCUUUUAACUACAUGAGGAAGCUACACAACUGUUACAACUGUGGGAGUGUCUUCUGUAACGCGUGCACUAGCAAAAAGUCGUUAGCAGCAGCCAUGGCUCCCAAGACCAACCGGCCUUACCGCGUUUGCGAUGACUGCUACAUCAAACUCGAAGGAGUUCGAGAAUAUUUAGGAACUCCAGCCAACAACAGUGCUAGAUUCUCAAACGCGAGUCUACAGUCUAGCAUUAACGAGAUGGACGAUUUUGGUACAACACCACAGCGUCAGCUACUUAGAGUGGACUCGUUUGAUUUCUUCAGACAAUCCAAGAUCCCUGAUCUCAAAACCAUAGGUGAAACUUCAGGAGGAAGUCACGCCUCUUCUUCUAGUAGUUUUAACCUAAAAGGGAUACGACAACUCUCGAGACUCGCUUCUUUUGAUUCUGUUAAUCAACAAGGCAAACAACGUACCAAGCAUUGCGCUUCGAAAUCAGACACGUCCUCUCUUGUAAGACACUCGGUGACUUGUGGUCUCCCGUUUUCGCGUAGAGGUUCUGUUGAGUUGUUUCCUUUGUCGAUAAAAUCGAGCCCGGUUGAAUCCGUUGGGAAUACUUCGGACUUCACCGCUGACAUAACAGAUACAGAGUUGCUGCAAGAAGGGACAAAGAAACCAAAUCAGUGCCUUAACCAGGAGAUAUCAGUUCUCAAAGCACAGGUGGAAGAGCUUACUCGGAAAACAAAACAACUCGAAGCAGAACUUGGAACGACAUCGAAGAAGCUUGAAGUUGCGGUCUUAAUGCAGCGUGAUGAUGCAGAGAAGAUCAAAACUUCAGAAGAGAUAGUCAGGUCCCUAACUCUGCAGUUGAUGGACGCGACCAAGAAAGGAGUAGACAAGACAAGGAGACGCCGAAGCUCGUUUUGAUGUAAUCCUUUUAACUAUAUAUAGAGAACAAGAAAGCAAAGAAACAGGGGAAUAGAUUGAGAAUACAAGAUUGAAUGUAAAAUACCACAAGUGUAAUAAUAAAGCUCUUACCAAAUUACAUAUUACAUUUUUGUAUAAUAUUAUUUAACUAUGGAACAACAACAUGCCCUUUUUCAAAAAAAAAAAACUAUGGAACAAGAACAUAAACACACACUUGUGUUCGAAACUGACAAAACAAAACAAAGUUGGAACAACCUUUUGAUUUUGGUUUUAGUGAAAAAUCAACAGAAGCUUCUUCAUUUCGCUAACAAUUGCCAAGCUAAUGCUCAUCAUCUGGUUCGCCGUCACCAUCUCUUUCUUAAUCUCGUUUCUCACGACUGUUCCCGAGGUUAGGGUUUAACGGGAAGAUGGAGAAGGAGGAGGUCAAAAUCUCAACUAUCUUAAAUAGAAACAAUUAAUCUUAUAUACUCUUACUUAAUCUACAUAAUUCUCAUACACUUAAUAAAAUAACAUAAUUCUAACUUUACCCUUAUUAUUUUUCUUCCGUUUCAAUUUUCGAUUUUCAAAUUUUAGAUCUCAUAAAUGUAAAACUUGGUAUAACAAAGGGUUUUAGUUUAACUUAUAACAGAUUUUGACCCGUCCUUAAAUUUUAAAAGUGCAUGUAUGUUUUCGAUUUAUUCCUAAUUGAUCUAAAGUUGCUUUUAUUUUUUGUUUCAUAUUUAACAAUUGAUUUUUUUAUGUUUUAUCAUUUGUUAUUCUUAUUUUCAAAGUAUGGUAUUUAAAAAUUUAAGUAUGAAUAUCUAUUUAUAAUAGUUGGGUGAGGUGCUAAUAAUCUAUUGUUAUUAAAACAAUUUAUCAAAAAUUAGGAUAAAGAUUUUUUUAACAUAUCAGUUGUUAUUAAUCUAUUGUUUUUGUUGGAUUAUUAGUUAACAUAUUUAAAUAUUUUUAAAGGAUAUUUAUUUUAUUGGAGUGUUAAUCACGAAAAACAAAUAUGAUAGUGUAAAAAUAAACAUAAAAUCUUAACUUAAUUCGGUUAUAAAUCCGUUUAAAAUCAAUAUAGAUAAGUGAUAAAUAUUCUAGUAUCAAUAAUAGUGUACUCUUUUUUCAAAGUGAAUUUAAUGAAAAUUAUAUAAGUUAUCAUAAUAUAUAAGGUUGCCAAAACCACAAUAUUAAUUACUAUAAAUAAGUUUUAAUAUUAAAUAAAUAACAAUAAGUAGAAGUUAAUGUAUAAUAGUUAUUCAAAAAACCUGAAUAGAUUUUAUAUAGUCAUAUAAAUAACAUUUGAAACAUUUGAUAUGGUUUAUGUCAAACGUUAAUAAAAUCCGGAUCUUUUGUAAACACAUUUGAGUGAAAUAAAUGUGAGUUUACUAAAAUGUAACAGAAUUUAAUUUUGCUAUAAAUGGGGUCAGUUAUAAUAUUUAGUUGUAUUUAAUAGGUUGAACUAACAAAUGAAUAGAUCCAAACAACUUAUUAAGGGGGGGGUGGGCAAAGAAUUUUAGAGGAGUUAUUAAAUUUUGAGAUUCCUUUGUUAUUGGUUUGUGAAUUUUUAAAAUCUAAAUAGAAUCCAUUGUUAUUGGGGUGAUGAUUUUUAAAUUUCACUCAAAAUCAUUUGUUAUUGGAAAAGUUUAG